AUGGCAAAUAAAUGAUUUGGUUCGAAGCAGAUACAUUAUAGUGGUGCCGUGAAUUAACCCACUCUCUUAACUCAUGCAGCUGACAUUCCACAGAUGUGUGGAGGCCUUGGGAGAAAGGAGAUAUGGUAUUGAGAGUGUACACAUGGUAAGUUUUUACCUGGUUUAGUUGAGUGCAACGUCGAGAUAAAGCCGACCGCAUGUUCGCAUCUAAGUCAGGUUUUGACUCAUAGGGGAUGGAACUGAGUGGUUAGUUUUCCUAGCCAAACGGAACUAUUUCCAAGCAUGAAACUAGGAGUUAUGCUCCGGGCUUCAGAUUUAUAUUUUGACAGAGAUUCGUCCAGAAAAUUCAACCAUUUUAAUCUAAUUAUACUUAUAGCAAGUCCGCUGUAAUUCCUGAAAGACGAUCUUCUAACCCUAACGCUUCCUGCCUGCUCGCAGUUCGUGUUUCACGAUAUCAUAAAGAUUGCUACUGUUGGAAGAGGUCUGUGCUCGCUCCCCAAGUAGUUGGAUGAUUUGUGUCACGCGCCGCGUAAAAUUCAAAAUGAUUGGAUUUUCUAGUCGACUCAUCAAAUGGAGAUCCGACGCCAAAGAACUUCUGGUUUGAUGUUAGGGAAUAGUCAUGAUUAGUCAAAAAGUGUCUCUACUCUGCUGGGAUAAACUCUUUUACUUCUGAGACAAAAAACCUGAUCUGGCGUAAGCUUGAGAUCGGCUAGCCAUACAUUGAGCUUCACGAAGCCAAGUAAAAUCUGGCUGAAUACACAUUCUCAAACGUCAUCCUCCAUUCCUCGUGCCCCCAGUAGAUGUGGGCUCAGCUAGAGGAGUUAAUAGUGGGUCGAUUGGCUCGUCACUCCAUUUUAAUGCAUUUCUAAAAAAAUCAAUCACCUUGAAUUUUCCACAGUUGUCAACAACUUAUGGUUACGCACUGCAGGGUGGCUAAACUCUUCCAGCUACGAGUAGCGAGUGCAGGUCCUUGCCACCAGGAUCAAACUUCGAGAUCUUGUGAAACACGAACUGGCGAGCAAGUGGAGAAGCCUUAGUGAAGGAGGCCGUCUUCAUAAGGCAUUGGACUUUUCUAUAAUUAUAAUUAAGAUGACGGUUUGAUUCUAAACGAAAUCCAAUUAAAAUAUUCCCAAAUUAUGAGCCAGACUUCGCUGGAACCGAAUUCUAUCAAAAUGCAACUAAUCAGUCACUAACUGCUCAAGAUCUAGAAAUUAAAACAUCUGCAAUUUUAAGCCGAAAUAAUAACGAUACACAAACAGAGCAAGAGUUCAGAAGAAUCCGUGAGUGAUACAAUAAUCAAAAUAAACUAAUAGCUCAGAACUCAAUGAAGCUUAUCAGAAAUAUAUAG